GGCUGGAUCCAUCACCAGUACCCUCCACUCUCUCCCUGCUUCCUCCUGCCUCAGCCCUUCUCUGUCUGCUCCCUCCUGCCUGCCCCACUCUGCUGGGGGAAAGGCAAGGAGUCCCUGGGCAGCGGGAUUACCGGGGGAUUCGGGGGAUUCGGGCUGCGGCAGGCAGCCACCUCCUCCCCAUUGGCUGGAAAAGCCUCUUAAAAGUGGAGAAGUGCUUUCUGCCCGCUCAGCACCCGCCAGUCUCUGCCAACCUGAAACCAUUAGCGGCUGCUGACCCACGUCCACACUGGGAGCACCGUGGGGCACUACCUGCACCCGCAGGAGGCAAGGGGGUCCCCCACGCAGGGUGUCCCACCGGAUCAGCCACAAGCAGCUUUGCUGGGCAGCACUGGAGCUGGAGGAAAGCAGGCUGAGAGGGGGAUUAGCUGUCUAGAGAGGACAUAGUUGCCUCAAGGAAGGAGCAGGGCGCAAGAAACCGCUUGACGGGUUCUGGAUUCCUGCAGGCAUUGCCCUGUGCCUGGCUGACAGCGUGCCCACCAUGGAGCAAAGAGCCAGCAGGACCAUCUAACCGGGUGCCCUCAUCCAGAGCCAGGAAGCACCAGCCGCAGGGAGAAGAGAGCGCUCAGCCCUCAGAGGCUCAGCCUGUGCUCAGGAGGUUGUCUCUUCAUUACACAGGCUAGACGAUGGGGAGAGCUGAUCCAGAAGAAGGGCAACUCCCAGCUCCUGUGAAGCCCCCAGAUGGUGGCUGGGGCUGGAUCGUGCUCCUUGGCUGCUUUGUGAUCACCGGCUUCUCCUAUGCCUUCCCGAAAGCCGUCAGUGUCUACUUCAAGGAGCUCAUGAAGGAUUUCCACGUGGGCUACAGUGACACAGCCUGGAUCUCCUCCAUCAUGCUGGCCAUGCUCUAUGGGACAGGACCAAUAUGCAGCAUCAUGGUGAACCAGUUUGGCUGCCGGCCUGUGAUGCUCAUUGGUGGGCUCCUAGCUUCUGCUGGAAUGAUCCUAGCAUCUUUUACCACCAACAUCAUCGAGCUUUAUCUUACAGCUGGUGUGCUAACAGGUCUGGGUAUGGCGUUGAACUUCCAGCCCUCACUGAUCAUGCUGGGCACCUACUUUGACAAGCGCCGGCCUCUUGCCAAUGGACUGGCUGCUGCUGGGAGCCCUGUCUUCCUUUCCUCUCUUUCUCCACUGGGGCAAGUGCUGCUGGAGAAGUUUGGUUGGCGAGGAGGGUUCCUUAUCAUGGGGGGCCUUCUGCUCAAUUGCUGCACUUGUGGGGCAGUCAUGAGACCCCUGGACAUGGGCAUGAAGCGGAAGAUGGAGAAGACUCAGGACAAAUAUGAAGCCAAGGAGAUGCUGCCCAUAGGAGGGAAAUCAGAGGAGGGAAUCAGCACCGCUGAUGGAACCAAGAAAGCCAAGAAAGCCAAGAAGAAGCCCAGGAAAGGAAAGAAGCUUCUGGAUUUUAGUAUCUUUUCCAAUCGAGGGUUUAUAAUUUACACUAUUUCAAAGUUCAUCCUGGUCUUGGGUCUCUUUGUGCCCCCCAUAUUGCUGGUUAACUAUGCCAAGGACACAGGUGUACCAGACACAGAGGCUGCAUUCUUGCUCUCCAUCAUCGGUUUCAUAGACAUCUUUGCUCGCCCAGCCUGUGGCAUGGUGGCAGGGUUGAAGUGGGUCCGUCCUCAUGUGGCGUACCUGUUCAGCUUCUCCAUGCUCUUCAACGGCUUGACAGACAUCUGCAGCGCCAGGGCUAGCAACUACACGGGGCUGGUCAUCUUCUGCGUCUUUUUUGGCAUCUCUUACGGCAUGGUGGGGGCACUGCAGUUUGAGGUGCUGAUGGCCAUUGUUGGGUCCCAGAAGUUCUCCAGUGCUAUUGGGCUUGUCCUACUUAUUGAGGCUUUUGCUGUGCUCAUCGGUCCGCCCUCUGCAGGCCGCCUGGUUGAUGCUCUCAAGAACUACGAGGUGAUCUUCUACCUGGCAGGCUCAGAGGUGGUGCUCUCCGCUCUCUUCCUGGCCAUGGCCACCUACUGCUGCCUGAACCGUGGGAAGAAGAAGGAGCCUCCCCCAGAAAACAACCCCUCCGUGGGCGGCGGGAGUGACACCGAGGAAGCAGAGUCUGAUGUGCAGGAAGCUGAGGAGCACAGCAGUGACAACCACCAGCCAGCCCACAGCACUGACAACGCCAUGGUGGCAGCCAGCGAGGAGGCCAACCAUGUGGCAGAUGAGCAGAGCGGGGAGGGAGGCGGGUGUCCCGCGGGGGACGGGGAGGUGUUGGCACGAGAUGGCUGCAAUGCUGACCAGACGGUGGAGAGGGACAGUUUUUAGCCAGGGCAGAGGAACGGGCACGUAUAAAACUGGCCUUGUUUGCAUGCACAUCAGCAUGGGCGGGUAGGUGGGAUGUGGGGUGGAGAAAGUUGACACAAAAGCAGAUGGAAGUAAGAGGGAGAGGUAUAAGAACAGCUGGUCCUUAUGUACAUACAUCCACAUACCUACCCAGUGAUACAUCUACUUGCAUCCUGCACCCGUGCUGGUACAACACAGGCUCAGAGCAGCCCAAACACCAAAAAGAAAAAAACAAAUCUUCUUUCCUCACUUCCAAACCAGCCCUGGAGAAAGUCUUUUGAAGAGACUGCCAAGGACUUCCCCUUUCCUUCUGCGUUGUCACAAUACAGAACACAAACAAUUAGAGACUCUUUGUAAUCAGAUCUGG